AUGAUGAUUCUGAUUACCAAUUCUUCUUCAUUAAAUUUAAAUAAAAUAAUUAAAUACCAAUUACCUUUACAAGAUUUUUCUAAAAAUUUUUGUUUAAAUAUUAAAAAUAAAAAAGAAUAUAGCGAAUUUAAAGAAUUUAUUGUUAAAAGAAAACAAAAUUAUUUUGGACAAGGAAGUCCUAAAAAAAUUGUUGGAGAAAAAAUAUAUUGUAGACAGUGUAAAUCCCCAAUUGAAUCAAAAACCUUAGCAAUUACUGCAAUUACCCAUUUUGGAGUAUAUGCCCAUUGGCAUCCAAAUUGUUUUGUUUGUGUUGAAUGUAAAGAAUUAUUGGUUAAUUUAAUUUAUUUUGCACAUCAAGACAAUAUUUUUUGUGGUCGUCACCAUGCAGAAUUAACCAAGCCUCGUUGUGCUGAUUGUGAUGAAUUAAUAUUUGGGGAGGAAUGUACGGAAGCUGAAGGAAAAACUUGGCAUUUAAAUCAUUUUUGUUGUAUAAAAUGUAAUCAACCAUUGGCUGGUUGUCAAUAUGUGAUGAAAAUUUUAAAAGAAAAUAAAAAAGAAUUUCCUUUUUGUUUGGAUUGCUGUCAAAAUAAUUCUUCUUCUUCAAAUAAUUAUUGUGCAACUUGUUUUGUUAAAAUUCCUUGUGAUUAUCCACAUAUUGUUGCUAAAAAUGAAAACUCCUUUAAAUGGCAUAUAAAUUCUAAUUGUUUUUGUUGUUCUGUUUGUAAAAGAGCUUUAAUUGGAUUGCCUUAUUCAUUAAUUAAUAACCAAUUAUUUUGUAAUUAUUGUAAAAAAAGAAGACAAAAUUAUUUAAUUAAUUCCCCUCCUCCUUCUCCUCUUCCUUCAUUAUCUUCUUCUUCUACAAUUUCCUCUUCUUUUUCUCCUUCUCCAACAAAAUCAGAAUUUAAUGAAAGUUUGCUUAAAAAUUAUCCAAAAAAUGUCUCAAUAGCAAAAACAAUUAAUUGGAAUAAACAAAAGCCCCCUCCUUCCUUUUCCCCUCCCCCUCCUCUUCCAAUAAAUGGCCCCCCUCCUUUACCUCCAUCAUUUAUCAAACGUUCAUCAUCAUCAGAAAAUUUCUAUGAGACUGUAGCUCCUUCAAUGCCUAAAAGAAAAACAAAUUUUGAGAAAAUAUUUGGAACAAAUAAAAGUACUUCAAGUAGUUUUAAAAGUGAAUAUUCAAAUAAUGAUGAAAUAGGUAAAAGAAAAUAAAUAUUUUUUCCUUAUAUUUUUAAGAUUCACCUUGUUCAUCAUUUUCUGUCAACACUAAGAAAACAUUAAAUAAUGGGGAAAAUUCUAAAAGUAAAUAUUUAAAAAAAUUUAAAUUUUAUAGAAAUUUAGUUA